GGGGUUUAUGUGCGUAAAGAAAAUACCUCGCAUCACGUGACCGGCUCUUACACCCAAACCCGUCAUUUGAGGAACAACGUAACAUCUCUCUAUUUUAGCAGCGCCAGAUGCAAUUGUUUUUCUUCAAUGUGUUUUCAUGCAGAUUAAACCAUAGGAUGCUAUUUAAACGAACAUCGGGAUUUUAGCCAUAUUCUAGGACUGAGCUGGAGGUUGGUUUUCAAGGCAGCUGCGAUUGAAGUUGGUUUGCCUGUUUGCAAGUGGAGGGAAAUACUGAACGGUCAUCAUGGCAGAAAACAACUUUCCUCCCCUGCCUCGAUUCAUCCCCCUCAGGCCAUGUUUUUACCAAGACUUCAAUGAGAUCCCAGACCAGCGUCGCACCAUGUGCAAAAGGCUCUACUAUCUAUGGAUCUUGAAUAGCGCCACACUGGCUGUGAAUCUGAUUGGCUGUCUGGCGUGGAUGUGUGGAGGUGGCGGAGCGACCAAUUUCGGGAUGGCCUUCCUGUGGCUCAUCCUCUUCACCCCCUGCUCCUAUGUGUGCUGGUUCAGGCCCAUCUACAAGGCCUUCAAAACCGACAGCUCCUUCAACUUUAUGGCUUUCUUCUUCGUCUUCAUGGCCCAGGUGGUGAUCAGUAUCAUCCAGACUGUUGGCAUACCAGGCUGGGGAGUGUGUGGCUGGCUCGCUACCAUCACGUUCUUCAGCACCAACGUGGGCUCAGCUGUGGUCAUGCUGAUUCCCACCAUCAUGUUCACUGCCGUGGCUGUUCUGUCUUUCAUCGCCCUCACAAAGGUUCAUAACUUCUACCGAGGCAGUGGUGGCAGCCUGGGUAAGGCCCAGGAGGAGUGGGCCACCGGGGCCUGGAAGAACCCCCACGUCCAGGAGGCAGCUCAGCAGGCUGCCAUGGGAGCGGCGCAGGGGGCCGUGCAGCAGAACCAGUACUCAGCAGCUCCCACGUACAACUACGACGAACCCAUGUAGGGCAGAGGAGGGAGCCAUGCUGCAGAGUGGGAGGGAUAAAAAGGGAUCAAUUAAGAACACAAUUCAGAAUUAGGUGCCCUUCAUUAUAACACUGUACAAGCUGAAUUCAACCAGAACAAGGUAGAGAAUAGUCAUGUUUUUAGUUGAAGUCUACUUUAAUUGAAUUCUGAUACACUUGGGAUUAAAUGAAAUAAGUCGGUAAAACUAUCCCCUGAGCUUCAUCAGCUCAUUCUGGUAGGUUCAUCUGUUGUCAUCACAGAGUGACCUCUCUUCCUCUGCCUGUGUCACACUUUUAAAACAUCCUUUCAUUCAUUUGAAUGUGUUUUUUUCAAAUGUACUUCAGUAGCUAGAUUGAUUAAUUUAAUUGUGUUGAAAGACACCAAAUGCUAAAAACUGGCCAAUGUGAACUCUUUGUAAAUGUAUGUUGUUGAAAAAGAAAACCUGAAUUUGGCCUAAAUCUGGAAAAUAGAAUCAGCAUUUCAAAAUAUUAAAAAUAAGAAUUGAAUAGGAAGAUGAAUAAAAGGAAUACCAAAAUGUUUCUCCAAAACAAUUCAUAUCAGAAAUGUUAGCUGAAAGAAAUGUCUUUAACCAAAUGCAUCAGGCUUCUAAAUAUGUUAUAUGUUGUGGUGUCCUGAUUGUGUUUUUCUUUAAUAUUCAGAAGUUGCUCUGUGUCAGUGAAUAUUUCAUUUGAAUUCUCAGGAAAGGUUUAAUAGCUGGGUUUAAAUUCUACCUGUAAAGCCCUAAAAAGGUGUCAACAUAUUGUGCCCAUUGUUAAACCCUUUCGGAGUGGUUAUGUGUGGACUUGAUUUCAGUAAAAUAAAUGGUUAUUAUACAUGUUAAAGUGAAGCACAUGCAGCAUUUAGGAUUGCAGUUCAUUGGAUAAAAACAUUCCAAAUCAACAGUGUACAGGUUAAAAGAGAAAGAAAACCAAAACACUAGCAGGUUGGACUGACAGUAAAUAUUAUAUUGAUAAUCAUUGUUGUAGGUGGUCAUAGCAUUGUAUGAAGUGAUGGAUGUUUUCACCCCUUUGGCAAAUUCUCCCACUUAUCCCUCCAUGUAAAUGAUUCUACUUGUUUCUAAGCUCUGGAUUUCAGGCCUUAGUGUGUCAUUCCGUGGCUGUCGGUGUUAUUCUAUGGGUAGGUGUAAUAUGACAUUUAUAUAAAAGAAAAUGUGAAGACAAUUAUUUCUUUAUGAGGUGUAAUUGAAGGAGAGAGUAUUUAUGUGUUGCUGUUCCUUCAGAAACCCCAGUCAAGACUCAGUUGUUGGUUAUUACAGUAAAACAGUGUUAGAGUGGAAAACAGACGUGAAGAUUUGUGACUGAAUGCCCGUUAUUUCAAAACCUGUGAGUCGUCUCGUCUGAUUGUGAUGAUGUGGUAUUCCAUAGGCUGGUUUUUUUUUUUCUUUUCAGUUGUCUUUUUGUACCAACCUGUUAUUAUUUCAUGUAUUUUGGAUGAUGUGUGGAUGAGUUCGAAGCACAUGUUCGUUGUUUUUCCAUGGCUGUGGGUAACAGAUGUUGAGUUUUUUCCAUUAUGAUUUUUUAAAUGUUAGAUGUUUUGCACCUGUUGACAUCAGUGCAACUUAAAUACAUAGUGGAUCACAGUCGAGCAAUACUAACAGAAAUAUAUUAAACAGUAGAAUUAAUAGGAUCAAGUGGGGUCCUGUCUUGCAGGCUUCAAAUAUGGACAUAACGAGUGACAGUACAACCAUGACAUAAACUGUUAUGGAUUGGAAAUGAACCUGUUUUCAAGCUGGACACUACUAGUAUAAUUUUACACCUGCAAAGCAUUUCCACCAGCAGAUGCACAUACAUUAGUUUUGAAGUAUAACACAGUACCAUCCACACGCUCAUAUCUUAGCAAAUGCACAACAUUUAGCUGAUCAGUUCUAUAAAUUAGGUCGGAAGUCUGCACAAAGAUGAACAGAGAAACGACUUGUCCUUUGUGUAGUAAGUGGUCAUGAGGAAUUCUGGAUCUGCCAUAUGUACAUACAGCACAGUUAAUGUGAUAAUGGAAACUACAGCUGUAUAGUUAUUGUGCAGCAGGAACUGCAGUGCAUUUGAUAUACUACUGAUACUCUGCAUUUCAUGUAUCAAAGCUUCUAUAAAGGCAUCUCCCAUUAACGCCACCAUGUUCCCACAUGUACUGUAUGCUGUUUGAUAUGUAUUAUCUUGUACUAUACCAUAACUAGAUAUAACUAUAUAAUGACUGGGGUAAAUAUUUGCCAUGGAUGAACACAUUCAAUAGAAAUAUGCUCUUAUUAGCUGAAUGAAACAUUUGAGGAGGCUGUGUCUCCAUGAGUGACGUAAUUGAGGAAUACAUUUUUUGUGUAUUACUUUUUGUAUUAUUUGGUCUUACCCUAAUAGAUAUUAAACAGUUAUUGUUGCA